CUAGGUACUAGCCACGCUAGCCUGGCUCGCCUGGCUAGCUUCUCGCCAAGCUGUAGUCAAAGUGCCGCAGGUUCCCCGAAAACUCUGUAGGGACGCACGCCGUACCUACGUACGGAGUACUCGAGUACUGGGAGAGCCUCGGACGUUCUGCUGUAUCAGCCUGCCGAGCCUGCCUUCUGCCUCCAGCACAUGGAAACCUCCCGUCUACCUAGGUAGUCCAUCGCCAUCACCACCUCACAGGACCAUGACGAUGCAUCUCAAGGAGUGGAUCUUUCUGCGUUCUUCCUCCCAUAUGCUCUGACUUCCCUAUAUCUAAAUAUAUAUAAUAUAUUUAUAUUGUAUAUAUGAGACUCACCAUCACUGGUCACCUUCCCUCACCGACACCUUCCCAAAGCAUCGCCCAUUGACGUGGGGGCUUGAAUAUCCUCAACUUCGGAAGCUGAAACAAAUGAUAAGGCUGAAGCCCCGAACUUCCCCAUUCUCCCCUCGCACCCUCACCCUCACCCUCUCCACUUCCACUAUAUUCCAUACACUCCAUCCAUCCUCUCCCCCCUCUCGCGCGUUGCCAUUACGGCAUCCGUAGCAUUAACCCUACACCAUCCUCUCCCUCUUCAUGUCGACGUCGCUCUCCUAUAAAUCCAAUGCCGCCUCGAAUACGUACGGUUGAAGGAUCAUGCUGGGUAAUGCGACCUCUCACCCUUCCUGCUCCUGCGUCGGCGUCUUCUGUCAGCCUUCCCUUCUCCGUCAUGGCUAACCUCCGGCAUGCAAUAGUCUUGUAAAGAACGGCGCGUUAUCUGCGAUCUCGCCGUUCCUUCCUGUGCGAAAUGCAUCAAAAUUGGUGCUCGAUGCGACUACGGUCCCAUCCGCUUGAAAUGGACCGAUUGCGUGGCAUCCAGAGGUCGCUUUGCGGGAAAGAAGGUCCCUCUGCCGCAGCAGCGUUCACCGUCGCCGCAGUCGCCACAGAUGCUGGUGCUCAAAAGAAAUAGCGACAGCCAUCUGAUGUACUUCGAGAACGAGCUCCUCCCGCGUUUCAACCUGACGAAUACCGUGCCGAUGAUCGAUUUGAAAAUACUAGCCAAAGAUCCGGUAUUGUUUCAAAGUGCGCUUGCAGUUGCGAAUGCACAUGAGGCUUCCCGGGGCGAGGAUGGAAUGGGCAUGAGUUUGCAGAAGAUACAGAGUCGAAAUCGAGCCUUGAGGGUCUUCCGGGAACAGUUGAUGGCAGUGUCAUCCGACGAUGUAAAUGGCAGUCUCUUCAUUGCCAAUGUCCUGCUUUGUAUCUUGGAUGGAAUCAUAGAGCCAGUUUCUGACAGUUCCGCUACGCACCAUCAUCUUGUUGGAGGCAAGGCCAUCCUCAAACAGUGGGCCGGUGUACGGGGCGUCUUUCGAUCAAAACGUGAAUUGCCGAUCCUAAUGCUGUCAAUCUUCGCUACCAUGGACCUCACCCACUCAUUAUUGAUUGGCGACGCACCUUUUUUCGAGCCCUCCUUCUGGACAGAAUUUGGGGACUGUGAACCUUGGUGGGGAAAUGUCAGACCGGAUGAUGAUUUUCUCCAAGUGAUGGCCAUUUUUAGUCAGUUGGCUAGUCUGGGAGCUGCGGCUCGAGAGAAGGUCGUUGACAUAGGAACUUUACUAUCCAUUCAACUGACUUUGGAGACACAAAUCAAACCAGAAGAAGAAGACGAAAAAUACGCCCCUCAAUCUGCUGCAUGGACAGCCUUUUGCGCAGUGUAUCGCUUCUCCGCCUCAGUGUAUCUUUAUCGAGCUCUGAGUGGAUUAGACGUCGACCAUGUAUUGGUUCAGCAAGCUAUCACAAGCUUCUUUGAAGUUCUCGACGGGACUGAUUUGACUGAAAAGCUUCAUCAUUGUAUCUUAUUCCCCUUGCUCAUAGCUGCUUCCCACUCGCUACUACCAAAACAGAGAGAAUCGGUGCGGAGGAGUAUUGGAACCACAUCCGUAUAUCUGUCAUUCGAGAGUCUGAGGUCACUUGAAGAUUUCCUUCAAAGACGGUGGGAAAUGCUUGACCGCUUCCCCAAUACAAAACAAUUGACUUGGUGGCAAUACUAUGAAGAAAUUGCAAAUGUCUCUUGUUUGUUCUGAGGUGGGAAUUCGCCGUGGCUAUUUUGAAGGAAUCCAACCCUUCGAACAGACUUUCACCUUCGAGUCCAAAGAUGGAAGUGCAAGUGCUGUGUAUAGCAACAAUCGGAAUAUGGGCUUGCAGUGUGCAAGAUAUAUCGGGCCCCGCAAAUUUUCGUCCAUAAUUGGACACGCUCACUUGAGACCAGCUCACUGGGUAUUCUCAAAUUGUGUCGUUCCUGAUUGAGAAUUCUACAAAGAGAAGAGAUCUCACGCCGUCUAUAUAUGUUUCUGCUCAGCGGUAAUAGCUCCGUCCGAAAACAGCAGUUCAAAUGCCCAUCUGCACAUACCGAUUGUGGCGGUGGAUUAAUCCAUGACGCAAGUAUCGGGCUUGCCAACAUUAAAACAUCCCCAAAGUCCUCUGCUUCCCCCGCAAUUCCCCAUUAUAUGUUGGGGGCUUGUUCAGCUGAGCCGCAGGCAUGAAAUGGUCUUAUCAUUUCCUACUUUGGGAGGUGGGGCCGCAUCACGGCACUCGAAGAUCACGAUAAGCGCUGUACGUACUACGUGCAGCGUAAUUCACGAUCGUAUCACAGUAUCAUCUGGUGUCUCGCCAUCGAUCUUGUACAUGUAUGGAACAUGUCAAAUGAUGACUUGCUCACCAUGUUGACUUUGAGGCGAGAAUGUACUUUACGUUCUUGAUUGAAAUAGUUGGGCAGUCGCUAGUGGAAAGAGAUCCGAAACCCCCUCCAAGUCUUCUCUACAAUGCCUAGCUCUGCCGUCCUCAAGGGUAGGGUUAGGAGUCGUGUAACCUUAGCGAUACAACAUUUGUCUUGAUCUGUACAUACAGUGUUCUGUUGGCGCAUAAUCCCUGCGGUCGGACUUGCAUAUAGCGGUUAUUCCCAUCGACGAAAUGGGAUGAGUUCUUUUAGACCUUCUUCACUUGUCAUUGGCUGUUUUUCUAUUCAGUGGGGUUUUUACUGGAUAUUCUUUUGCUUAUAGGGAGG